AUGCUGCGAGGACCCCGAGCCCUGGCUCCGGCCUCCGCACAGCCCCAUCCGGCCUCUGCACAGCCCCAAAAGGGGCUGCCCGCGAUGAGCCCAUCUGAGCUAUGGCCGUCGGGCCUUGGCAGCCCCCAGCUCUGCGCCACCACUACUACCUACUACACCACGCUGUACCCUCAGACGGUGCCCCCCACUGGGGCGCCGGGCACCUGCCUCGACGCCACCCCUCACGGACCAGAGGGCCAAGCUGUGCGAGUGCCUGCAGGCCGGCUGCCGGCCAAGAGGAAGCUGGAUCUCGAGGGAAUCGGGCGGCCUACCGUUGCUGAAUUCCGGACUCCCAAGGGGAAGUGCAUCCAAGUGGAUGGCCUCCCCAGCCCUAAAACCCCCAAAUCUCCUGGGGAGAAGACACGAUAUGACACGUCACUGGGACUGCUCACAAAGAAGUUCAUUUGCCUCCUGAGCGAGUCCAAGGAUGGAGUCCUGGACCUGAACUGGGCUGCAGAGGUGCUGGAAGUCCAGAAGCGGCGUAUCUAUGACAUCACCAACGUGCUGGAGGGCAUCCAGCUUAUUCGCAAGAAAUCCAAGAACAACAUCCAGUGGGUAAGCAAGGGGAUGCUUGGCGACUCCAUCCCGCCAGGGAAGCAGCAGCAGUUGCAGCAGGAGCUUGCAGAACUGGUGAACAUGGAGCACACCUUGGACCAGUUGAUCGAGAGCUGUUCUCUGACCUUCAAACACCUGACUGAAGAUGAGACCAACAAGCAUCUGGCCUAUGUAACUUACCGAGACCUGCAGUCUCUUGACAACUUUAAAGAUCAGACGGUGAUUGCCAUCAAGGCUCCUCCACAGACGAGGCUGGAAGUGCCCGGCAAGAACCAGGAGAAUCUGCAGAUAUAUCUGAAGAGCGUCCAAGGACCCAUUGAAGUCUACCUGUGCCCAGAGGACGUACAGGAGUCAGACAAGCCUCCCCAGAAGACAGAUAGUCCUCCCCAGGAGCCAGACAACCCUCCCCAGGAGCCAGACAAGCCUCCCCAGAAGACAGACAGUCCUCUCCGGACGAUAGACAUGCCAGUGAUGACACCUCAGUACAUCCUGCAGUCCCCCCUUAUCCCCCUGGAGGGCACUGACAGCAUGUUAGAGCUGCCACAACCCCUCCUGCAGCAGACCGAGGACCAGUUCCUGUCCCCGAUGCUGGAUUACAGCUCCCCGCUGAUGGACUUCUCUCCACCCUUGGAUCACGAAGCCUACUUGUUGGGUCUGGACGGGUGUGACGGCAUCAGCGACCUCUUUGACAACUAUGACUUUGGGAAUCUGUUGAUUAAUUGA